AUGUUGUGGUUUAAUGAUGAUGAUGAUGAUGAUGAUGAUGAUGAUGCAUGGGAAAUAUACAACGUCUACCUGUCCACAAACCCAGGCUUCGAGUAUGAUACAGUCUCUGUGUAUACCCUGACUAUAGUAUGCACUGAUCAGAAUGGCAACGCAGCAACAGACAGCAUCACUGUGAAUAUAUUACCUAACACGCCCCCUACUAUUUCCGGUCUACCGACUUCCAUUACCAUCAACGAAGGUACUACUACAACUACUUUGGCUCACAAUAUAACUGUGACUGAUGCCGAUCCCUUCACGUGCAUCAUCGGAACUACGACACCUGCAUCUGCACCUUUCAGCAUUCUGUAUGGUACCUAUGUAUACCUUGAUGCCAAUGCAGGACUUGACCAGGCUACCACACCACAAUAUACCAUCCCUAUAGUGUGUUCAGAUAAUUAUGGCUCCUCUACAGAAACACUCACUGUCAAUGUAUCUCCUAACGCCGACCCUGUUAUCACUGGACUUCCGGUCACGGUAACUGUUGACGAGACCGAGACUACUGGUCGAGAUUUGCAUACGUUAGUUGUGUCUGACCCCGAAGGAGACGCCAUCACGUGCAGUGUGACGUCGUCACCAUCCGGUCCGUUCUCAAUUUUGCAGAAUGUAACUAUAUCGGAGUAUAUACUACGGUUAGACGACAAUGCCGACCAACAGCUAAACACUGCAGUAGCAACGCAACAUGUGUUAACUAUAACAUGUUCUGACAGUAGUGGCGGCACCACUUCCGGAACUGUAUAUGCCGACGUAACCGGAAACACAGCUCCAGCCAUCACCGGAUUACCAGAUAUUUACUCCGUCUCGGAGAAUCAAAAUACUGAGAUCAAUAUAUGGGCCCUUGCUGUAACGGACGCAGAGUUGAACACUUUUGUGUGUAGUAUAUCUGUUGCUCCCAGUGGUUCACAAUUCGACAUCAGGAAAAAUAGCACAACAGGAGCAUACAAUCUCUACAUCCUCUCCAACCCCGGAUUCAACUAUCAAUCGGUACAGUCGUAUAAUGUGACUUUCACCUGUGUCGACUCCCCACAAGGGGCCUCCGGAUCAGCUGUUCUUGUUGUUGAUGUCAUAGAAAAUCGUCCACCGCAGUUUACCAAUAUCCCAGGGGCGGUUUCACCUGAUCCGGAUGCACAGAACACAGCAGCAUCAACAAGUCUUUUCACCGUUACCGCCACGGACGCAGAUCAAGAUCAGGUCUACUUCAGCAUGGAGGCCGAUCCGACCACAGACAGUUUUUCUAUUAACACAGACCUCAACACGGCACCAACUAUCACAAACCUGGUCCUCAACUCUGUGACGUCUGUUUCGUUUUUGGAAACCACCUCCUCACGCACUGUCAUUUACACCCUUAAUAUAAACGACCCAGACAGCGGACAGACACAAUAUGUGACAUUUGAUACUACACCAGCUGCCUCGGCUGGCUUUUUUAACCUCACAAACAACGUGGUGUCAUUAAGUACAUCCAAGCGAUUUAACUAUGAAGAUCAGACCGAAUACACUCUUGAUUUCUAUGUAACGGACAGUAUACAUACGACGGGUCCAUAUUAUCUACGGAUAACAAUCCUGGAGGUUGGCGAACGCUGUUCUUUCGACAAGACACUUUAUGAAGCCUCUGUUUACGAAGGAGGGAUAGGGUCCGGCACAAUAGAUCUUGGAUUUCUAAUUACUGAUCCGGAUGAUCCAGAUUCGCAUACCUACAGCAUCAGAAGCGGAACAGACGCACACUUGUUUGCCAUUGGCUCCGCUACAGGUAUCAUAACGUUUGCCGUAAAUUAUGAUUACGAUACCGGUAGUCAUCCACAGAACGCUUCGAUUGUCAUUGAAUGUGUCGAUACAUUCGCUCUGACAGGCUCAGCCACUGUAUCUAUAUAUGUCAAUGACAUCAAUGAUAAUGCUCCUGAUUUCGCCUAUGGAGGGCUUGUGGUGGAGGCAAACCAAAACCACAGGCCUGGGGAUCUCAUUCAAACUAUAAGCGCGACUGAUCUAGACUCCGGCAACAAUGCUGAAAUAGAAUACACAGGGACAUCCUCCACUGGCGAAUCCUAUUACAGAAUCGCCAAAAACGGCCAGAUCUUACUACUUACAGAUCUGACAUUCGACUAUGGUACCACACAUCGCUUUUACGUGACAGCCGUUGACCAUGGAAGCCCACAACGAACUGGAACUACGUAUGUUGAUAUUGUAUACAGAUAUGUGACAACGACUACGCCAACCACUACAACCACAACUUUGGCGCCAACUGACUUUUGGACGGCUGAAAACAUUGCACUCAUCGCGUCCUUGGCAACGCUGGCGCUGCUUGGACUUCUUGUUUUGCUGUUUAUGUUACUGAGAAAUGCAGGAUGCUGUUCGGGAUUGAAAUGUCCAACGUGA